AGGCAGCAGCGGCGGCGGCGGCUCCUCAGUGUCCGGCUCGGCUCCGGCUGCGGCUCCGGUCCGCGAUGUCCCUCUCCGUGACCCUGCGCGGCCCUUCGCCCUGGGGCUUCCGCCUGGUGGGCGGCCGGGACUUCAGCGCGCCCCUCACCAUCUCCCGGGUCCAUGCUGGCAGCAAGGCUGCCCUGGCCGCCCUGUGCCCUGGCGACCUCAUCCAGGCCAUCAACGGGGAGAGCACCGAGCUCAUGACACAUCUGGAGGCCCAGAACCGCAUCAAGGGCUGCCGUGACCGCCUCACACUCUCUGUCAGCAGACCUGAGGGCAGAAGCUGGCCCGCUGCUCCCGAGGACAGUAAGGCUCAGGCACACAGGAUCCACAUCGAUCCCGAGGCCCAGGAUGGCAGCCCAGCCACCAGCAGGAGGUCCUCCAUCACUGGCAUUGGGCCUGAAGACAGCAGGUCAGCCCUGGGCUCCCCUUAUGGGCAACCACCUCGUCUCCCAGCCCCCCACAACGGCAGCAGCGACGCCACCUUCCUGGCCCAGAUGAACAAUCUGCACGUGUCACCACCCCACAGCGCUGACCCUGCCAGAGGCCUCUCACGGAGCCGUGACUGCGUGGACCUGGGCUCCGAGGUGUACCGGAUGCUCCAGGAGCCAGCUGAGCCCCCUUCCUCAGAACCCAAGCAGUCAGGCUCCUUUCGCUACUUGCAGGGCAUGCUGGAGGCCGGUGAGGGGGGGGAGCGGCCCGGGCCCGGUGGUCCCCGGAACCUCAAGCCCGCAGCGAGCAAGUUGGGCGCCCCGCUGGGUGGCCUCCAGGGACUGCCCGAGUGCACCCGCUGCGGCCACGGCAUCGUGGGCACCAUCGUCAAGGCGCGCGACAAGCUCUAUCACCCCGAGUGCUUCAUGUGCAGCGACUGCGGCCUGAACCUCAAGCAGCGCGGCUACUUCUUCCUGGACGAGCGGCUCUACUGCGAGAACCACGCCAAGGCGCGCGUCAAGCCGCCCGAGGGCUACGAUGUGGUGGCGGUGUACCCCAACGCCAAGGUGGAGCUCGUCUGAGCCGCGCGUCCCCCAACGCCCGGCCCGCCCCCGCUUCUUCCCAGACACACCCCACCCCCCUCUUCGGCUCCUGUAAAUACGCCUUGGCCCCGCCGCGUCUCUAAUAAACGCCUCCCGC